GGGUCUGUGUGCCUUCACGCAGGAGGAAAGCAAAUGGAUCUCCUGCCAAACUCGGCACCCCUGGCCAAGAAACUGCGGAACACUCUGAUUCAGUACCACAGCAUCGGAGACGGCGAGUGGCGGGUGGCGAAGAAAACUAAAGAUGCAACUGUGUGGCGUAAACCAUCAGAGGAAUUCAGUGGAUACCUUUACAAAGCUCAAGGAGUGGUGGAAGAUGUUACCAACAGAAUAGUGGAUCAUAUUCGCCCUGGACCUUAUAGACUAGACUGGGACAGCUUAAUGACUACAAUGGACAUCAUGGAAACGUUUGAUGAGAACUGCUGUGUGAUGCGCUACACCACUGCUGGCCAGCUCUGGAACAUCGUAGCACCAAGGGAGUUUGUUGAUUUCUCUUACACUACAAGCUAUGAAGAUGGGCUUCUAUCAUGUGGUAUAAGCCUAGACUAUGGUGAGGUGAGACCUAACUUUGUCCGUGGAUUCAAUCACCCUUGCGGUUGGUUCUGCGUCCCUCUUAAGGACUAUCCUAGCCACAGUCUUUUGACAGGCUAUAUUCAGACUGAGCUGCGAGGGAUGCUACCGCAGUCUGCAGUGGACACUGCCAUGUCUAGCACCCUGGCCAACUUCUACUCUGACCUCAAAAAGGCACUGAAAUCAUAA